AGGAUCACUUGGACAGCCAGCCAGUAGCAAACUGCUCUUUCCCAUUGCAAAAAUAGCAGAGCAGAGAUGGCACGUAGAACAAUUUUGUUGAGCUUAAUCCUUGGCUUGCUAGCAGCUGCCAAUGCGGUGCCCUUUGAUUUCUAUUACCUUAUUCUCAUGUGGCCUGGAGCAUACUGCGAGGACAGCGAUAACGGUUGCUGCGUGCCUAAGUACGGUUACCCAUCGGAGGAUUUCUUCGUCCGCAGCUUCAUAACCUUCGACUUGUCGAUCAACAAGGCCGUCGUGAGGUGCAAGAACGGCAGCCCCUUCGACUAUAACAAGCUAGACAAGAUUGAGAACAACCUGAACCACUACUGGAGCAACAUCAAGUGCCCUGCCACCGACGGAGUCAACACCUGGAAGAGCGCCUGGAACAGCUAUGGCGUCUGCUCGGGCCUCAAGCAGCUGGACUACUUCAAUGCCGCCCUCCAGCUCAGGAAGCAGGCCGACGUCCUCUCUGCUCUCUCCGACCAAGGCAUCAAGCCGGACUACAAGCUGUACAGCACGGAGAAAAUCAAGUGGGCGGUGAGCCAGAAGCUGGGCGUGACGCCGGGGGUGCAGUGCAGGGACGGACCGUUCGGCAAGAAGCAACUGAACGAGAUCUACCUCUGCGUCGACACGGACGCCAAGACCUUCAUCGAGUGCCCCAAGCUGCCGCCGGGGCUGCAGUGCCCCGCGGAGGUCGUCUUCCACCCCUACUUCAGCUGGAUGCUCAACACCACCUCCGCCUUCGACGCCAACAUCCUGCUGCCCACUGAAACCAUAUGAUGAUCGAGAGGAUCAGAGCGCCAGAAGCUUGCACUGCUUGCACACGCACGCAUGCUUGUAAGCGUUCUUGGAGUAAUCGUCGUAAGUACGUCCUGUCCUGAUGAAGGUUUGCUCCGUUCGACCAACGACCGUACCAGGCCGAGAGCACCGUGCCUAUUGCUCUCGGUGAAUAAAUCGUUGCAUAAUUGUUGUUGUCCUAAAUAAAUCAUCCCGCCUGUAUGCAUGGUUGCUACCUAUGUAAGAUCGUCAAUGCCGUGUCUGCUACAUGCAUAUGUAGUGUAAUAACUACUAAUUGAGGUGAAUGAAUAUGUGUCGGUGUCUUUGUGUCA